UGUAGAAUGCAGAAGCGAAAUGAUGACGUAGUUUAUUGUUAAGAGAGUGUGGCAGACCUGGAACAAAACCAGAUUUUGUUUGUCUUUCCCAUGGUAUUUGCCAGCAAUAGUACAUUAAUAUUCAUACGAUAUCUGCUAUUUUGACAAUAGUUCACACUAGUUAACAUAGUUUCUCACCGGCCCUGCAGCCACAUAGGAACUACAGAACAAAACUAUAGGCUGCAAGAGUCUAAAAUGGGCGGAGACCCUAUGACGGAAGCUGGGUGGGUCUAGAAGUGGUGUGUUCACGUGAUGCGGCGGAUGGGCUGGGUGACGUGCAAGGCUGGUCAGCUGACCUGGGGAGUUCGGUAAAGGUUUCGUAGUGACGGCUGAGAGCGGAGGGUUAACAUGGCGAGUCAGUCUGCCGGAAUCCAGCAGUUGCUGCAGGCGGAAAAGAGAGCGGCCGAACGAGUGGCGGAAGCGCGGAAAAGAAAGAACAAGCGCCUGAAACAGGCCAAAGAGGAGGCGCAAGCUGAGAUCGAACAGUAUCGUCUGCAGCGAGAGAAAGAAUUCAAAGCCAAAGAGGCUGCUGCUCUCGGCUCGCACGGCAGCUGCUCAGAAGAGGUGGAAAAAGAGACCUCUGAGAAGAUGUCAAUUAUCCAGCAGAACUAUGCAAAGAACAGGGAGAAGGUUCUGGAGAACCUGCUUUCCUUUGUGUGUGAUAUCAAGCCAGAAAUCCAUGUGAACUACCGUGUGAAUGGCUAAAAGCAACAGCAGCAUGUCAGCUCAAGGGCUUUCUUCCCCUUUCCUCUUUAUUUGUUUUGCCUCGUGUUAUUUAUUGUGCUCUUAGGCACUGAUACCAGUCAUUUUCUCAGAGGUUAAAUUAACCAAAUAUGCAAAUGUUCUUAAUGGGGGAUUGACCACUGAACAGUGUCUCUCACUGUAAUUCCUUGUGUGGGAAGCCGAUUAUACAAUAAACCAUGUUAGCAGGGCUAAUCUUUGCAAAAAAAGAGAGACUUUCCAGUUCAGUAUGUCAAAGGGGAUGUGAAAUAGAGUUGGGUUGUCCUUAAAUUUCCUGCUAGCUUGAGUAAGGGCAUGGGGGUCUGUGUUUUAAUUAGAGUGUUUACCUUCAGGAGAACAGUAGAACCCUUUUGUACUUCCAUCUUUUCCAGUGGUUUCUUUCAUUAUAUUUCACCUGCUGAAUUAAAACCUUUUGCACUCUC